AGUGCUGCCAAAUUCCAGAGGAGCUGCAGGAAGACACAAGUAGUAAAGGUUCACAUGAGACGUAGCGAUUCAGUCUGCUCACUUUCCAGGACCGCCACACAGACUGCACUGAAAAAAUGGAGCACUUGGAAAACUCCACGGCCUUCCCCAAACGCUCCCUGCACACGCAGAGCACCGCGCACUCCCAGGCGGACAAAAGCGACGGGAACGCGUACCUGUACAUACUAAUAGUCAUGUCUUUCUACGGAGUCUUCCUCUCUGGUAUAAUGCUCGGCUACUUUCGCUCCAAGAGGAGGGAGAAGAGAAGGACCAACAUCUUCACGCGCCUCGUGCACGAGGAGGAGCAGCGGGAGUGGGGCGCGUUCCCCAAGAAGCACAGCCUCACCUUCCCGGUCGUUGUUUCGGGACUGCACUCGGUGGAGGUGUCCCUGCCUUUCUGCGGUGGCCACGGCAACCACUUUGGUCACCUCCACUACGAGGGCGCGCUGCCGUCCCCGCUGGCGUGCGCGCUGUGCAUCGAGCAGAGCAGCAUCAGCUCACUGUGCUCCUCCGCGGACACGCGCUUCGCCAUAGAGGAAGAGUCGGACAGCGGCACGGCGGAGGGGUCUGAGGAGAACAUGAAGGGAGCGUCCGAAAACAGCGCGGAUGAUUCAGGCUGAGAAAACCCGCGCAGAGAAACAAACCUGUGUGUUACACCACCGCGGCCCGAGAGAUCAUCACCUGGAGAGAAACCAGGAGGUUCUCAGGCGCCUUCAUGUCAGAGAGGCCCAAACUGUCCAACCAUCGGCAACUGCUUUUCUAUUAAAAACAACAACAAAACUUCCUCAAAACAUAAACAUCCAUGAUAUGAUAUCCAUCAAAGGGCUGUAACAAGUCACACAAUGUGGAAUGUGAUGUGUAUGUCAGUGAUUAAGAGGGGGCAUUGGACAUGAAACCACAUUCAGCCACAUGUGGCCAUUUUAAUUUUCUCUAUACAUCACUCUCAAUGACAAGAUACUCAUGGUGAGGGUGAAACAUAUGACUCUAAUGGUCAUUUCUAUGUUAGGCUACGUGUUGGCAUAACCUUUAGUGAUGUAAUUAUUCAGUUCAGCUGUGUACAACUGUAUGUAUCCCAACAGGAAGUUGUAUGCAGCAGCUCGCCACCUUGGUUACCCACACAUGAAAAGCUAUAUGCUGGAGUCAGUAAUGAAUACAAUAAAUACACACAAAUAAACACUGUUUAGUUUUAUACCAUAAUAUUUCACUGUAUAACUUUGACUUGGCCUCAUUUGGCUUUGACCCCUCCCUGCUGGAGCCCCCUCCCUGCUGGAGCCCCCUCCUGACGCCACUCACCCUACAGGGGACCGAAUGAGAGACUGACUUCUUUUUUUUUUUUUUUGGACUGAACUUGACUCGCUCUUGCCAACAUGGACUUGAGUACUGAAACCUGGAACCCACUUGAAAGAUUGUCGAAACUGAAAUGUGUUUGUCGUAGCUUGGUGAUCGACACUGUUCAUAACACAGUCAAUGAUGUAGGUUUACUUGAUGAGAGCAAUGCACUGUACAUAUGGGUUGUAUCUGUCACUUCAGAAGGCUUAGUUUCAGAUGGAGUCUUUGUAGUGUUUUUGGAGAAAAUAAAUGCUUAUGAACUGAUACAA